AUGGAAGAUAGACCAAAAUGUGGGCCAGAUGAGGAUACACUCAGUCCCAUCCAGCGAGAGUUACUGUGCGAAGCUAAUGGCUCUGCAGCUUUCUCCAAGCCAAAAUCUUCUUAUUUCAAGCCAGCUUUAUUUCCAGUAAUUGAUGGGAAAAGGGAUGCCGACUUAAGAAGAGCUGUGUUUGAUGCUGUUGUGCAGUUGUCAGAGGUUGUAUCGGAAGGUGUUCUCAAAGUGCAGCUCCCCUUCCUGCACUGCAGCUCCUGGGAUGAGGUUAUUGAAGAGCGAUUCCUCGGCAGCCCACGUUUGUGUGGUUUCCCUACGUGUGGAGAAGCUAUUGAAGUGCAGCUGAAGAAGCAAAAAUAUUUCAUAGACAGGCAUGCCCGGAAGAUUUAUGAGCAUCGCAGUGAGAGUGACAUGUAUUGUUCUCGUUCGUGCAUGCAACGAUCCGCUUCUAUUAGGGCGCAGUUAGCCGAUGAACCGUUGUGGCUUUCUGGGGACAUUUCGAGAAGAAUGCGUAUGUCGUAUAAGAUCGAGAGGCCCGUGGAAGAAAGUGGAAUGUUUGCUAAAACGAGAGAGAUUGAGGUUGUGCGAGCAGUUGAGGAGAAGCUCAGUGACUUGAGGAUCAGAGAAGGAGAGUCGUCGACGGAAUCCGAGGUGGAGGAUUACGCAGACGAUGAACGGGAUGUGAAGUCAUUCAUCAAAACUGUUACGAACCUGAUUGGUGUUGAGGACGAACGACAGAAUAUAAAAGAAAGCGGUAAAGGAGCGCCGUCACCAAAGCUCCCCUCUGAUGCACCUGAAAAGCCCAAAGCAGUGUCAAAAACCGCCACAAAUGCAUCCGCCAAGGCUUGUGCAGGCCAGCGACCAACGUCUACACGCCGUCUGAGUGAACCACCGGCAGUAAAUGCGAAAUUACCGGAUCCUCAAAUGGCAUCCAAACUUUCGCUGACUCAAGCAGAACUUGAAAAACUCUCACGAUUGAGGGGCUGGAUUACCAAGCGAACUCAUCAGUUAUUGCGCUCAGGAGGGCUCUGCAUUUCUGAUUCUGCUGACUCACUCAUGAAACAAUUCUUCCAACCAUAUGGUGAAGACAGUGCGGUGGACAGGAACGAAGUUCUGCUUCCAUGUGUGGAUUCCAUUGAUGUUCAAAAGAAACGUCUGCAUAUAUUUCUCGAUACGGUGAAGAAACCGCUCUCAGUUUAUCAAAGAGAGCUGCAGUUCUCGUUCUCCAGAUUCAACUGGCUCUAUGUCCUGGUGCCACAUUUCACCUGGAACCGAACUAUUACUGAUUUCUCGAAUGAUAUGCUGAAGCUGAUAUGUCUCACGCUUUUGAAACUCAUUUCGAAAUUGGAUAACGCAGUGGAAGAUGCGGUGUUCCCAGCAGGACAACCAUCAGAGAAAUUCUUGAGCUGCUUGUCCAAACUGGGUGUUGAGCCUCACGCCUUCGACACGCUGGCUGCAGAGAUUCUCGAGAACCAUGAAGAGACUUCCUAG